GUUGACUUGCAUAUUUCAUCAUUCUCUUUUUCUCUCCAAUGUGAAAAUAAAAAGAGAAAAGAUAACCAUGCAUGCAUGCAGUUCAGUUCUUCGGAUGUAAAAAGAAAACAAAUCAGUCAUUCUGGAAUGUUUUGGAAUCUUUAUUGUUACAAGUAAUAACAAAUCACAACAAGCGGAACUGCGCGUGAAUUUAAAAUACCGAGUCGCCGUCAUCUGGCAAUUAUGAAUUCGAAAAAGACCAUAACCUUCGGCAAGAUAAGUGCCAAUUUGAAUAAAUCAGUGUCCGAGGAACCAGUAGAGACUUCCAGCUCCGGGGGAUUCGGCACUUUUGGUAAGAAACGUGAAGAAAACAAUGUGAAAAAGAUGGAUGAGAUCAAGCCAGAGGAUGAGGAAGAGACCCAGAAUAUGCAGAAGAUGAUGGGCAUCAUGAGUUUUGGUAAGAAGGCCAAGUCCUUUGAUGUGCAGGAAAUGAUGGAAAACAUCACCAAGACCAUAAACAGCAACAAACAAAGUGUGAUCGAAAAGGAGAAACCCAGGGAAAUUGUGGAACCUAAAGAGGACAAGGUGAGCGACAAUAAUGACGAUGACGAAGACGACGACAAUUUCAUUGGCCCACCUAUACCAUCUUUGAUGCUUGUUACUUCGGAAGCGACUAAGGAUUCCAAUGCAGAAAAGAAGACUGAGAAGACUGAAAAUGAUGACGAUGACGAUGACGAUGACAAUGAUAAAGAAUCUGAAGAAGAAGAAGAAGAAGAGGUAACAUUGAGGGACAAGAUUCCUUGUUCUCAUGAGGUCUCAAUGACUCAUGGCACCAAAGCAGUGAUUGCCAUUGCAGCGGAUCCAUCAGGGGCUCGACUAGCGUCCGGCUCCAUUGACUAUGACGUCUGUUUCUGGGAUUUUGCUGGCAUGGACACAACCAUGAAGAGCUUCAGGACCUUGCAGCCCUGCGAGAAUCAUCCCAUCAAGUGCUUGCAGUAUUCUAUGACCGGGGAUGUGAUACUGGUGAUCUCAGGGGCAGCGCAGGCAAAGGUCCUGGAUCGAGAUGGCUUUGAGAAAUGCGAGACUGUUAAGGGCGAUCAGUACAUCACAGAUAUGGCGCGCACGAAGGGCCAUACCGCCAGUCUAAACAGCGGUUGUUGGCAUCCAUUCACAAAAGAAGAGUAUAUGACCUGUUCUCAAGACAGCACCUGUCGAAUAUGGAAUUUAUAUAGGCCGCGUGCACAUAAGAGCCUGAUAAAGUGUCGUGCGCAAAACGGCGUGAAAACUAUUCCUACCACGUGCGCCUACAGCCGAGAAGGCGCGGCCGUUGCUUGCGGUUGUAUAGACGGCUCGAUUCAGAUGUGGGACCACAGGAAGAAUUUUGUGAACCCAUCCCUUAUGUUACGCGGUGCGCACGCACAAUCCAGCGAGGUGUCGAGUCUGAGCUUCUCGUAUCUUGGGCAACUGUUGGCGAGCAGAGCCUGCGACGACACUUUGAAAUUGUGGGACUUACGAGCGUUCAAAGUGCCAAUCUUUGAAGCCAAGGGACUGUUCUCGCGUUACGAUACCACAGAUUGCAUGUUCAGUCCAGAUGACUCGAUGAUCGUCACGGGGGAAUCUUUGAACAAAGGAGAGACGACUGGCAGGGUGUUGUUCUAUGACAGUAAAACAUUCAACUUGGUCAGAGAGAUUCCCGUGACAAACUCGCAUGUGAUAAAGACUCUAUGGCACCCGAAAUUGAAUCAGGUGUUUGUCGGCUGUGGCAAUGGCAUUGUCAAGGUAUACUACGAUUCCAAGAAGAGCAUGAGAGGCGCCAAAUUGUGCGUCGUCAAGACGCACAUGAAGCAGAAGCACAUCGAGAUAAUGUCCACCCAGCAGAUUAUAACACCUCACGCGCUUCCCCUAUUCCGUCAGGACAGGCCCAAGUCAGUUCGCAAGCAGAUGGAAAAGGAUAGGCUCGAUCCGGUGAAAUCGAGGCGUCCAGAUUUGCCUAUCACCUCUGGCCAGGGUGGCAGAGUGGCAUCCUCCGGAGGAACGCUUAGUUCCUACGUUAUACGCAAUCUUGGGCUGAGCAAACGGAUAGAGGACGAUCAGGAUCCCAGGGAGGCUAUUCUCAAGUACGCAAAGAUAGCUGAGGAAGAACCGUACUGGAUCGCACCCGCGUACAAGAAGACGCAGCCGAAAACAAUUUUUCAAAACGAUGAUCAAGAUAGUAGUGGGCCGAGUAAUAAGAAACAAAAAACUUAGGACUUAUAUUCACUUUGUACAUACGUAAGUACUAUGUAAUUAUGUGUAUUCAUUUGGUAUAGUAUAUAUAGCGAAUUAAUCAGAGAACUUUUUUGAAAAUGUUACGUUGUAGAAUAUUGAAUAUUGUACAAAAUGCGUUUAAUUUAAUGUAUUGGGACAAUGGUUUACAGUGGCACAUAUGUGGUUGAAUAAAUUUAUGUAUAAAUAUCUAAACUUUAAAAAAUAUUUAAACACUGCAAACUUUUGUCCCAACCUAAUAAUAUUAUUUUAAUUGUUUAGUUCAUAUUAGUCUUUGCUAUACAUAAAUCUAAUAGAAUUUAAUGUCUUAUUAUGUUUUGUAAUAUUUGUCCAAUAAAGAUGUAUUUAUAAAUAAUA